AUGAUUCGUUCCGAUACCUCGAAUGAGCAAGUGCGGGUGCCGAACGUCAUCGCGUUGGUCGGGCUGCCGGCGCGGGGCAAGACCUACAUCUCGCACAAGCUCUGCCGCUACUUGAACUGGAUCGGGAUCCGGACCAGAGCUUUCAAUGUCGGCGAAUACCGACGAAAAGCUUGCGAUCUCGUGAAAGAGGGUGAGGCCGACUUCUUUUCCCCGCACAACCAAGCCGGACAGAAGAAACGGGACGAAUGCGCUCGCCUAGCCAUCGAGGAUAUGGGCCGAUACUUGGAAAGUAAGGAAGGAGAAGUUGCCAUCCUCGAUGCCACAAAUACGACUCGGGAGCGUAGGAAAUUAUUGGUGGACUAUUGCCGGAAAUCAAAUCGAAGCCCGCCCUUCAGAGUUUUCUUCGUUGAGAGCGUCUGUGACGAUCCGGACAUUAUCAACUCCAAUAUUACCGAGGUGAAAAUCAAUUCUCCCGACUACAAAGGAAUCAUGUCGCAAGAAGAGGCCAAAGAAGACUUUGUAAAGCGCAUCGAGAACUACCGCCUGAUGUAUCAGCCUCUGGAUGAAGAGCACGACGAGGAUUUGAGUUAUAUUAAGGUCAUUAACGCCGGUAAAUCGUUCUUUGUUCACAACGUCAACGGGCAUGUGCAAUCCAGGGUUGUCUAUUUCCUGAUGAACAUCCACUUGCUGCCCAGAAGUAUUUAUUUGACACGCCACGGCGAGAGCGAGUACAACUUAUUGGGAAGAUUAGGCGGUGACAGCCCGCUGAGCGAACGCGGUCUCGACUAUGCGGCAAAGCUCAAAGAUUUCCUUGAGAAAGCCAAAGUGCCAGAACUCCGAAUUUGGUCGUCACAAAAGAUCCGCGCGGCCCAGACGUCUGCAAAGCUCCGCGAUCUUGCAGCCCACGUCGAGUACUGGAAAGUAUUGGACGAAAUUGACGCGGGUAUUUGCGAGGGUCUCACUUACGAGGACUUUGAAAUCCGGUACCCGAAGCAGUUUGGGGAGCGCGACAAGGACAAGUAUCACUACCGGUACCCGUCUGGAGAGAGCUACGAAGACCUGGUGGCCCGCCUUGAGCCCGUCAUCAUGGAGCUGGAGCGACAGUCCAACGUGCUCGUCAUCUCCCAUCAAGCCGUCCUCCGCUGCAUCCUCGCAUAUUUCACGAAUCAGAAUCGCGACGAUCUGCCGUAUCUCAAGGUGCCGCUCCACACCGUCGUCAAACUUACGCCAAAAGCCUACAGCUGUGAGGUGGAGAUGUUCAAAUUCGACAUCCCCGCCGUCAACACUUACCGAGAAAAGCCGAAACAGCAAAACAGCGAGGAAGCCCGUCGCCCAUCCAUCGACACCCGGGUCGUCGUGCAAGCGCUCCUCAUUUCCGGCAUGAGUUAUGUGGGCCCCGGGUCCAGUAAUAGCGCAAAACUCAAAACCCCGGAAGCGCACGAGUUUGUCGAUGCGAUACCCGGCGAGAAAUUUGAGGCUUUUGAUCCGGCAAUCGGCUACGUGACACCGGAUGGCACAAAAGUUAUGGGCUCCGUGACGGUGACCACCUAUCGGAUGCGUUUUCAAGGGCAGAACGGGAAAGAGAAAAUACAAUUCGACGUGCCGCUUGGCGCCAGUAAAUACGAGAGAAAUGGCUGGGAAUUGUUUGAUGCCAGAGCAGAGUUGCAGCGGAUAGUCAAUGCGGCAAAUGCCAAGGACGUGUGGGCGAUAUCCGGCAUCAAUUGCAUGUACGAAUUCUCGCCAACCUACCCAUCUGUGCUCGGCGUUCCCCGGGAGGCUAUGAAGAAAAAGGAAUUUUUGGAAAAGGUCGCUGACUUCAGGAGUCGACAGCGGAUUCCGGCGCUUUCCUGGCUACACCCCGUCCACAAAACAUCUAUCACCCGAUGCGCGCAACCGCUGACCGGCGUGACGAUGAAGCGGAAAGAGGAGGACGAAGCCUUGCAAAAGCUUCAAUCGGCGCUAUUCCCGAAAAUCGACGAGGUCAACUACUUGAAGCAGAUCGAAGAUACAAAGUGGUUGCAGCAUAUUAGGUCAAUCUGCGAGGGUGCAGCCGAAAUGGCAUAUCUCGUCGAGGAGGGCCGAUCUUCAGUUGUCGUCCACUGCUCUGAUGGCUGGGAUCGUACGGCGCAGCUGGCCGCCCUCGCCCUCGUAAUGCUCGAUCCAUACUACCGUAGCGUCGAGGGAUUCGCGAUUCUGAUCGAGAAGGAGUGGUGCAGCUUCGGCUUCAAGUUUGCGCAACGGAUAGGCCAUGGCGAAAAUAAGGCGUCUGACGACGAGCGCUCGCCGAUCUUCGUCCAAUUUAUGGACUCCGUUUGGCAGCUGAUGCGUCAGUUCCCCGCCCACUUCGAGUUCACCUCCAGCUUGUUGAUCUGCAUCCUUGACGAGCUGUACUCGUGCCGAUUCGGCACUUUCCUGUACAACACGGAAAAGGCACGCCAUGUGGAAAAUGAAUGUGCAACUCAAACUGUUUCCCUGUGGUCGUACGUGCUGGAGGAGAAGCGGCGCUUCUUGAAUCCGCUCUACAUCGAUAACAGGAAUCGUCAAGUUUUCCUGAAGAUGAACACCCGGAUUGCGUUCAUUCACGUCUGGGAAGAGUACUACGCGCGCUACAACCCGGAUAUCACCUCUCCGUCUUACGCGGAACACAACGACAAUAUGGACCGAUUUUCGAGGGACCUGCUGAAGCAGCAACGACAUCGGCUACACCCUGGCGGC